UCACGAUUUAGGCGUUUUAUAACUACUACAUUUCUUUACAACAACACGAAAAAGAUAUUAAGAAUAACAUCAUCAUGACUAGCAAUUCACCAGAAUACGGUGGCAAGGAGUUUUUUUAAUAUUUUAAAUAAUAUUAGAUAUGAACCUCGUGAAAACAACUCCCCAAUUUACCGAGAUGUUUUCGGUAACUUAAUGGUUAACCCAGACAACGAAUUAGGAAUUCAACUGUCGUUUAAUGAAUACGGUGCAAUAACACAGAACUCAAAUGAUUCAAUCUAUUUCUUCGAUUCAAUCACGAAUCAUAGACCAAUAAUUGGAUCACGUGAUAUGGUAAGUAAUGAUGACGAUGAACAUAUCACCUCCUCGAGUUCGGAUAUAUUCCCUGAGCUUAUACAGGGGGAGAUAAUAAACGAACCGGUUUUUUCUGAUAUAGUUUCGGUUAGGGAGAUUAAUCUGUGUAAUCACACCGAUUCUCUCGUAGACCAUGCACCACCACCACCACCACCACACAUUCAUUCGUUGUCGGAAUUAGAUGAUGAACCGAUUCAGAACCCACUCGACUCAGAACAUCUCCCCUGAACUUGUUCACAAUGAUAUGAUAAAUGGUAAGGUACUUAAAUAUAUGAAACAAUUAUGUUGUAACGUCACAAAUUCGAAG